UAAAUGCAGACAUGAAAACACACGAAGUCCAGAUCAAGGUUCUAAUAACAACGUUUCAGUUUUGUUUUCUCAGCUUGAACCCAUGGUAGUCCCUCCUUCUGUUACCUAGGCAACUAUCAGUCAGUUGCAUAAAUCUACUUGAAUAACCAGUCUAGCAGUGGCAGACUAGUCACCACAUCUUCAGAAAGUAGUGGAGAGGGAGGCCACACACCGUAAAUAAGCUAUCUCUCCAUCCCAUCUUUUAUCAUCCCUACAGUUCAAGAUGGUGCGGUCUGUCAGAGAAGAAUGUAGUCAGCUGAGCACCAUACAAGACCUGAAGGACUCUGGCUUCGGCCGUCCUCCCCCCCGACACGGCCUCAAGCUCCUCUUCUGGUUCGCCAACGAGUGCGUGGCGUUCAAUCACCACGGCAACAUGCUGGUAAAGUGCCACCCUGAGAGAGGCGACUUCGGCUUCCACUACUUUGGCAACUUCGAGGAGAUUCUCCCAGUUCUAUCACGAGACCGCAGGGAAAGCUACUUCGAGGUGGGCAACCUGAACACAGAGACCUAUUCCAAAGCCGAGGACCUACCGGACUACGUGAGCCAGGACUACGGGCUUUCCCUGGGCUACCGCCUAUGCAACAAGGACCGCAUCAUCAUCAGGCUGAAGCAGGGGGAUGUGAAGGCCACCUAUGUCACCGAGCACAAGGAGAACGGCGGCCGGGGAGAGUUUGACUCAGAACGCACCCACCUUGUAAAUCCGGAUUUGAUCCGCAUCAUCCGGGAUCCUGAGCUGGAGCUAGCGACAUUCCUGGACCAGACGGGCUACAUGGGACUGUCUAUGAGAGAGCGCCUCCUCAGAGCUUUCAAGAAAAACUCGGAUCUCAUCUCAUGGGAGUAUGACUCCGAACCUUCCCAACCCUCAGAACGAUCUGGUUCAGACCAUAACACUUGGGAUCUGGAGCAGGACCAGACCACCUCCCAGACGGGACUCUGCACCAGAUCUUGCAAAGUCUUUAGUGUCUUUGCUGUCAUCCUAAUGGUUCUCCUGGUCAUCACUGUGAUUGUUUUGGUCAUCUUAGGGAAGUUGUAGAGAUAGCAGUCAUUGUAGCCGUUGUGCUGCUGCUGGUCCAUCAGAGUUGGGGUCAAUUCCAUGUAAACUCAGUCAAUGCAGGAAGUAAUCAGAAAUUACACAUUUUCCGAACAGAAAAGCUUUGGGAAAUGACUGAAUUGAAAUCUAAUUGACCCUAACCCUGAGGUUUGUAGAUCGUAAAUAAAAUAAUUAUGUUUUAUGAUUAUUUUAACUCAAUACUUAUAACACAUUACUCUUGUCUUUUCUCACUGGCACUGAUUCUUCACGUAUUUUCUUUCCAAAGACUGUGAUAUGUGGUUGUCGUUACAUACCUUAGUCGAAUGCACUGACUGUUAGUAGCUUUGGUAAAGAGUGUCUGCGAUCUUACUAAAAUAUGAAAUGUAAUGUUAUUUUUUAACUCUUUUUGUAAUCAAUAAGAUAAUGGUUUAGAAUAAAAUACAAAAGAAGA